AUGGGAAAAGACAAGCAGAAGGAAGACCUCUGUGCCAUUUUUGUGCAUGGGGGCGCCGGCUACCACUCCCGCGAGAAUGAGUCCAAGCACCUCGAGGCCUGCCAACAGGCAGCCAAAGCGGGCAUGACCUUUUUGCGCAAUGGUGGCACCGCGGUUGAUGCCGUGGAAGUGGCCCUCAUGGUGCUGGAGGAUGCACCGAUCACGAACGCCGGCUACGGUAGCAACCUGAACGUCAAGGGCAUAGUCGAGGGCGAUGCAUCGAUUGUGGACCAUCUUGGUCGCAGCGGCGCCUGUGGAGCCGUGCCCACUGUCAAGAACCCAAUCAUGCUAGCUCGGAAGAUCUAUGAUCAAGCUCACAAAUCCCCGGGGAUGUCUCGUGUCCCUCCGAACCUCCUUGUUGGAGAAGGAGCCGCCGACUUUGCAUGGAACAAUGGGGUGAUUCUCGUUCCGGACGAGGCUCUGAUUACGCCCGCUUCGAAGGCUCGUUAUGACGCCUGGUGUAAAGAGAUCGCCGAAUGGGAGGCUGAGAACCCAAAGGAUCCCGAACAGGGACCUGUAAAUGCUUGGCUUCGUCGUCCGUUGACUCCCAUUUCGACUCGCAUUGCCCAAAUGGACAUGGCUGCGCAGGCCGAAAUCAAAGAAGAAAUGCCCACCAUCGGUGGAUUCAGCAGCGACUUUGAUGACCCCGCUCAGCUAAAGAAUGGAAAAUCGAUGGAUGGUCCACCUUUGAAGGGGUAUUGUGCUCCCGCAUCACCGCGGACUUCCACGUCUAGCAUAAAUGCUUCGAUGAGCAUGGGUCGAUCUGCGCCCGCUGGAGGCUCAGGAUCGUCUCUACCCACAAAGGGGCCGGAAGAGGGCAAAGAUUUGAUCACAGAUACCGUGGGCGCCAUUGCGGUGGACAUGUUCGGGAACAUCGCUGCGGGAUCUUCGUCAGGCGGUAUCGGUAUGAAGCAUCGAGGCAGAGUGGGACCCGCGGCGUUGAUUGGUAUCGGCACCCAUGUCAUGCCAAUCGAUCCAACUGAUCCUGAAGAAACUUCUGUGGCCGCUGUCACCUCUGGAACUGGUGAACACAUUGCAUCGACCUUCGCCGCAAGUACCUGCUCCAGCCGUGUCUAUUACAGCCAGCGGAUGGAUCAUGCCGGCAGCUUCAACAACGUGACCGAGGAAGAGGCCAUUAGCGCAAUGAUCACCAAGGAGUUCACUGGGCAUCCCGCAGUGAGCAACAGCGAGAUCUCCGGCUCGAUUGGAAUCAUGUGUGUCAAGAAGAAUGUGGACGGCAUCGUUCUCUACUUUGCUCACAACACUGAGUCUUUCGCUAUCGCCUCGAUGAGCAACUACCAGAGCUCUCCCUCUUGCCUGAUGUCUCGCAACGUCCGCCGGGGUCCUGUAGCCCAGGGAGCGACCAAGUUUCGACCCAAAGAAUCGAAGGACAAGGCAAAGGACGAUGAAAGGGACACGGACAAGAAGAAAAAGCGAAAGGCAGACCGGGUCUCCUAA